AUGGCCGCCCACCCGCCUGUACACCCCACGAACCCUGACGACCUCGAACCAUCCGAUGACGAAGUUAUGGCACAUCAAACCCUGAUCAACAGCCUACAACAGAUUAAAUUAAAUCCGACCGCUAUGCGAUUCUUCGGGAAGAGCAGCAGCAUUAUGUUCGUGCAGACUGCGAUGGACCUUAAGCGGGAGUACUCUGGUAAACCUACCCCAGAGCGGAAAGAACAGAGCAUGCCUGCGUUGCUCGAGGGUGCGCGGCGGAAAGCCUUCAGGAGCCUGCAUCCGUGGCUCGCCGCGCAGCUCCAGGAGCUCCCGCGCCCGCACAAGCAGUCCGACUUCCCCGACGAGAGCCUCAUGUUCCUCCUGAUCGACCUGUACUUCAAGGAGGUCCAGCCGUUCACGCCCCUCCUGCACCGCCCGACGUUCGAGCGAAACAUCCACAAGGGCCUCCACCUCGAGGACGUCGGCUUCGGCAGCACGGUCCUGCUCGUGUGCGCGAUCGGUGCGCGGUACACGGACGACCCCCGCGUGUGUCUCUCUAACUACCCGGACAACCGGCUGAGCAGCGGGUGGGAGUGGUUCAAGCAGGUGCAGAUGAUCCGGCAGAGCAUGCUCGCCCCGCCGAGGCUGUACGACCUGCAGGUCUACUGUUUGACAGCGAUCUUCCUGCAAGGAUCGUCGGCGCCACAGGCCAGUUGGACACUGAUCGGCGUGGGCAUCCGCAUGGCGCAAGAUGUGGGCGCACACCGCAAGAAAGUGUACAACGCGAAGCCAACGAUCGAGGAAGAGCUGUGGAAGCGCGCAUUCUGGGUGCUCGUCUCCAUGGACCGCUCUAUCUCCUCCGUGCUCGGGCGACCAUGCGCAAUACAAGAUGAAGAUUUUGAUCUGGAUCUGCCGAUUGAGUGCGACGACGAGUACUGGGAGAACGAUGAUCCGGAGCUCGCGUGGAAGCAGCCUCCCAGCAAGCCUAGUCUGGUGACAUUCUUCAACUGCUUCCUCAGAUUGAACCAGAUCCUCGCGUUUGCCUUGCGCACAAUUUACUCUAUCAACAAGAGUAAAGCUCUGCUUGGGUUUGUGGGGCAGCAAUGGGAACAGCAUAUAGUCGCUGAGCUCGACUCUGCCCUCAACAAGUGGAUUGAUUCCGUACCUGACCACCUGCGGUGGGACCCGAACCGAGAAGACCUCACCUUCCUCAACCAGUCUGCCAACCUCUACGCGUCCUACUAUCAGCUCCAGAUCUCCGUGCACCGACCCUUCCCCAGUUUGGCCAUAUGCACGAACGCGGCGCGGAGCUGCACACAUGUCAUGGAUGUGCAGUGCCGGAGGACAGGGGCACCUCUGCCACACAACCAGGUGCCGAUGUUCACUUGUGGAAUCGUGUUACUGCUCAACAUAUGGGGCGGCAAACGAAGCGGACUCUCCACAGACGCGCAGAAGGAGAUGGCGGAUGUGCACAAGUGCAUGAAAAUGCUCAAGAUGCUCGAGCCACGAUGGCAUACGGCAGGUCGAUUAUGGGACAUCCUGUAUGAACUCGCCUAUGUCGGUGACCUUCCUCUUCCGCAAAAUACGCCGCCGAACAACAAGCGCGACCGAGACUCGGACAGUCCACGCUCGGAGCCGUCACCCGGUCCCAAUGGGAGCCUGACCUCCGCAACCCCCGGCGCAUCGUCCUCGUUAGACCCGACUCAUCGCACUUUCGCUGGCUCACGACGCCAAUCCAUGUUCACGCCGACGGACGUCCCGAGCCCGAUGGGCGUCGCCGACCCCGCGAAUGCGAGUGCCGACACGAACACCUUCGUGCUCCCCAUUCACAGUGAUGAGCUCGGGCGGCUGCCGCUGCACGGGUUCACCAUGUCUUCUAUGGUCUCGAGCUGCCGGGGCCGUCAACACAGAUGCUCAAGUACAAUCAGCAGCAGGGCCGUCGAACGAGGGGAGCCCGUCGGCGGACAUGGCGGGCGGGCUGGAUGCGUCGGGAUCGCGAGCAUGUUCAGCGCGCUGGAGGACCCGCAGGUGUACGACUCGCUGUUCACAAAUAAUCUUCCCGGCGCCCUUGGCAUGGGCGCCAUGAGCGCGCCGCCGGGGCAGGGCGCACCAGGGCAGGGAGGACAGUCGGGGUCUGGGCAGGGGACACAGGGGCAGGAGACGUUUGCAGACAAUACGUUGGCGAUGUGGAGUACUGCGCCGAGCGACUUCCAGUGGGACGAUUGGGGCACGUAUAUCAGCACGAUGAAUAACCCUAUGGGGCAACAGCACCCGCGGCCCGGUGCAUCAUAG